AUCAUUAGUCAUCCGGUCUCCGCCCAUAUAAAUAUAAUAAAUACUUAGCCAAGCCCUUUGCCUGCUGUCCAUCGCCGGCGGCGAAAACGUUUGCGGCGAUCCAAAACUCUCUGUUGAAGCAGUUUUGUCGGGCAAAAGAGUGAAAAUGGGUGUGAGGCUGCAAUCCUUGAGGAAUAUCGAUGCAUUUCCACGUGCAGAGGAGCACUUGUUAAAGAAGACUCACUCUGGAGCUAUUGUUUCCAUUAUUGGCCUCACCAUCAUGGCCACCUUGUUUGUGCACGAGCUAAAGUAUUACCUCACCACUUACACCGUGCAUCAGAUGUCUGUAGAUCUGAAACGAGGAGAAACUCUUCCAAUUCAUAUAAACAUGACAUUCCCCGCAUUACCUUGUGAAGUCUUGAGCGUGGACGCUAUUGACAUGUCUGGCAAACAUGAGGUGGACUUGGAUACAAACAUAUGGAAGCUUCGCAUGAGUAAAGAGGGUCACAUUAUUGGCACUGAGUACUUGUCCGAUCUUGUUGAAAAGGAGCACUCUGCUCACAAGCAUGAUGAUAGUAAUGAUCAUCAUGAGGAUUCCUCUCAAGAGAAACAUGAACAUGGUUUUGGCUCGGAUGCUGAAAAGAUGAUUAAGAAUGUAAAACAUGCAAUUCAGAAUGGUGAAGGAUGCCGAGUAUAUGGGGUUUUAGAUGUGCAGAGGGUUGCUGGGAACUUUCAUAUCUCAGUCCAUGGGUUAAGCAUUCAUGUUGCUCAACAGAUUUUUGACGGAUUAAAAGACGUAAAUGUCAGUCAUGUGAUUCAUGAUUUGUCAUUUGGUCCAACAUACCCAGGGAUUCAUAAUCCUCUUGAUGGAACUACGAGAAUCCUGCAUGAUACAAGUGGUACUUUCAAAUAUUAUAUCAAGAUCGUUCCAACGGAAUACAGAUAUCUUUCAAAGGCAGUAUUGCCUACAAAUCAGUUUUCUGUCACAGAAUACUUCAUUCCAUUGCGUGAGAUUGAAAGGUCCUGGCCAGCUGUCUACUUCUUGUAUGAUCUUUCCCCUAUCACUGUGACAAUAAAAGAGGAGCGCCCAAGUUUUCUUCAUUUUAUUACUCGUCUUUGUGCGGUGCUUGGUGGUACAUUUGCUCUGACAGGAAUGCUUGACCGGUGGAUGUACAGAAUCAUUGAGGCAGCUACAAAAUCAAAGUCUAGAAGCAUACUGAGGUGAUUUUAGUGGUAGUGUCCUGCUAGAGGGGAGGGCCAAGUAUAAUGCAUGUUCAAAGGUCCAUCUGCAGUGUCUUGCCUUCUCACCUGCUGCAAUGCAAGGGCAUUGUGAUCCAUUACCAGUGCUAUUGUAUGUGAGGCUUGGGGUAUUGGUGAUAUAUUUUAUUUUAAUUAGAGUUGGUUAAGUUCCAAGUUUUAUUUUCUGUAAGAUUACAGUCAUCCUUUUUGUACAAUAUCCCAGUGCCUUGUUGCAGAAAUUUGAUUUUUGGAGGAGUAAUCCAAACUUUUUGAGUUGAUAAUGACAUUUCCUUGCUACGGUAUUUGGUGUGAAA